AUGGUGGCCGCGGAUUAUGAGGGCAGCGGCGAUACAACAAUUGUCGGGCCCAUUGACUCUACAACCGCUGUACCGGACAUCGGGGUCGGCGCUGAAGAGGGCGGGGAUGGGAGCGGAGAUGGCGGCGAAGGGGACCACGACUACGAGGACAACACCCGGUGCUCAGUAGACGAGUUUAUGCAGACCCUGACGCCCGCCGACUACGACCAGUCCUACAACAUUAGCCGCGCGCGUACUGUCCACACAUUUAACGAGACUAUAGCCCGUAUCGUACGUCUGGAUGAGUUGGCGGCCAAGUUUGGCAAAGAUAUGCAGUACGCCAUUAAUGUACGCUUCAUGGAGAUAAUGUACCGGGUUAAAAUAUCGCCCCAGUGCGUUUCAGCGUUGUACGGCGUGGUUAAUGGACUUAGCAACGGCGAAUGGUGGGCGUUUGAUUGUACGUGGUUAAAUAUAGACUCAUUUGACACCUCGCUUCUACCAAUAGGACUGACCCAAGGCAGUUUAAACACAUAUGGUAAUUAUGAGCAGUGUCUGGACGUCAAAAGUCCCGCAACAACUGGGAUACCGUUUACGGGAAAGUAUUGUUUCGUGAAAGUGAUUACACCGUAUGAUCGGGAAAAUCGUAAAAUCAAGCCUUUUAUUACAAACUCUACACAUGAGUUUAAACACUAUUUAUACGGUAUGUCCGAUAUUAUCAACGAUUACAUCAGGGUAUUUAAUGGGGAGACCAAUCGCAUGGGAGUUUGUGUGCCUUCCACUUGUCAACCAUCGGAAUUACAAGAGGCCAUUAAUGAAGUCCAGUUCCCUUUAACCAGAUUUCCCAUUGAAAUGAAUGAUAUCGAGUGCACCACAAGAGAUGAGCCUAAGGCCUACCUCACGAGUCAAUUGGUUUCCAUUGUUAUUGAGUUGUAUUACAUCGUGAUAAAGAACCCAAUUAAAUCUGGUGCUGUACUGCAACUAUCAAUUAUCUCAAAUACACAUACGUUAGUCAACGGCGCACCAAAACAAUUUACCUCAGUGGAAAUGAUCAGGUUUGAGAGUGGUUUCAUUGCUUCGUACAAAAUAAUGGGAAAACUCGGUGAAAAUACCUUAUGUUCCCCAUACGCCUACUACCUGUGCGUUCACAUACACCUGUCUAUUUUAGCUCCAUUACUAGUUUACAGUUUGCACAAAAAGCCAAAGUUUGGUGUACUAAUAAACAUAUUGGUAAUUCUAUCCGGGUGCUUUGCGUGUAUUUAUCCAUACAUUAUGGAGGGACAAACGCCCUUGCACAAAUACUACAACAUGAUAGAUAACCCUGGUAACUUCAAGGGUAUUGAUGAUCUAAUCAAUGGAGUGCCAUUACGACAAUUAUACCGGACAGAAAUCUACCUGGUUGCAUUCCCAAUGGGAAUUUUAGCUGGUUUUUUGACCAGGAAGUACCCGAAUAUUCUGGCCAACACUAAUUGGGGCAGUCGUGUGCUGUGGAGCGCAGGUGUCUGUUGGCUAUUCUACCUGACGGCCAACGGUAGGGCAGUGUUUUUCCAAUUUAUGACUACCUGUGCCGUCGCCUAUAUCUACGCGAUUACUGUCCAGAGCGUUGCCAACUAUUUAAUUGAGAUAGUCUAA